GUAUUCAAAUUGGUCGCAGCAGGUAGAAGGGAUGAUGUUCUUUGGCGGCAAUAUAAUUUAUAAAAAAUAAUACGUAUUGGUACUCAAAUCACUUGUCUUGUUGUGUUUAUCUGUAUUCUUUAUCUCAAAAAUUUCGGUAGAUUUGUUUAGUCUAUUAAACAAUCUUAGCUUAUGGCUCUCCCCCAUCACUUCGAUCUGGGUUUCCUUUUUUUUUUCUGUGUCUGGGUUUUCAAAUGCAAAUAUGUUAAUGGGGUAUCAUUGAUAAUCUCAAAGGGUUAACUUGUUAAGUGCCCAGUGUUGUUGGUGAUGGUGAUUUGUUGUAUGGAGAGAUUGAUUUGAAUAUUUCGAAGAAUUUGAGGUGUAACUAAGCAGUAAGAGAAGAAAAUAUGCCUUGCUUUCAAAAGAAAAAUGUUGUGGUUGGUAUUCGAUUUGAUAAUCAAAGCCGGGAUUUGCUUAAUUGGGCUAUUGUAAAAGUUGCUCAGCCUGGUGAUUGUGUUGUUGCAGUUCAUGUUUCCCCGAGUUCCGAUCAUGCUUUGGGGCAGAAGUUGUUGUUAGAGCGUUAUCUAGAAGCAUAUGAAGGCCUGUGUUCUAUAAAGAAGGUUAAUCUUAAAGGUGAGAUUUGUAAAGGAAGUUCGAUACGAAAAGUUUUGAUUCGAGAGGCGGUGAACUAUGCUGCUGUUGCUUUAGUUGUGGGUAUAGACAAGCUUGGUGCUCUUGGGGGUUGGACUUCCACGGCUAGAUAUUGCGCGAAGCGAUUGCCAACGACUACCAAUGUUCUGGCCAUCAACAAUGGAAAAUUUGUUUUCGAAAGAUCCAACAAUAGUGAAUCACCAGGUCUUAAAGGUGAUCCGAGACCAAGUCUUUGUUUGUCCGACAACCUUGGUGUUAGAGAAUGUCAAUCAGAAUAUGGUGACUCUGAAGUAGGGUCUGAGAUAUUCAGUUUCGAACGGAUUCGAAGCUCCAAAGAUGGAUCAAGAGCCAGUAGUGAAGAUUCAAAGAUUGAAACAUUGAAUGUUAUUCAUGAAGACAAGAGAAUCACUAUACGGUCGAUUCCUCUUUUUGCUAUAGAUAAUUUAGACUAUAAGCCUGGUUGGCCCCUCCUCCUGAGGGCUAGUGAAGCAACACCACAAGCAAAGCAUGCCAGGAGUUUGUCGGUUGUCAAAUGGGUGAUGAACUUACCAAGUCGUUCCCCUCAUGAUCAUACUCCUCGAUGUUCAAAAAUCAAGAAAAUAGAUCAGAGUGAAACUGAAGAUGACAAUGAUGGGACUGGGACCAAUUCAUCUAUGCAAUAUGAGUUGCAAAAAUGCUUGGAUAUACUCCUGAAAACGAAUUCAUCAGAUUGCCGAUGGUAUAAUUAUGGAAUUCUAAAAGAUGCAACUGAUCAAUUCUCCACAGCAGAGAACUUAAUCGGAAAAGGAGGGAGCAACCGUGUUUUUAAAGGGAUCCUUCCUGAUGGCAAAGCAGUGGCUGUCAAGAUUCUGAAGUCAUCGAAAGAGGCAUGCAAGGAUUUUGCGAAUGAAAUCGACAUCAUCUCCUCACUUAAGCAUAAACACAUCAUGCCUCUAAUUGGUGUCUGCAUUAAAGAUCAUGAUCUAAUAUCUGUCUACGAUUUCUCGUCCAAGGGAAGCUUAGAAGAAAUUCUGCAGAGGAACAAAAAAGGAAAACAUGCCUUGUCAUGGGAACUCAGAUAUAACGUUGCUGUUGGAAUUGCUGAAGGCCUAAACUACGUACAUAAUGAGCUUUCUCGACCUGUUAUUCAUAGAGAUGUGAAGUCUUCAAAUAUUCUUCUUUCAGAUGGGUUCGAACCAAAGUUAUCUGACUUCGGGUUAGCAAUAUGGGGACCAACUGAUUCAUCAUUCCUAAUUCAAGCUGAUGUUGUUGGAACCUUCGGGUAUUUAGCUCCUGAAUAUUUUAUGUACGGUAAACUUAGUGACAAGGUCGAUGUCUAUGCUUUCGGCGUUGUUCUACUCGAAUUGCUAUCAGGAAAAAGACCGAUAAGCUUUGAGAAUCUGAAAGGCCAGCAAAGCUUGGUCAUGUGGGCAAAGCCAAUAAUAGAGAGUGGAGAUGUGAAAGGCAUACUGGAUCCAAAUUUGAAUGGAAAUAUCGAUGACUCAAAUGCAUAGGAUGGUUCGAGCAGCAUCACUUUGCAUCACACGUUCGGCUCGACUUCGUCCU